UAGAGAGCUCUCUCCUUCAACAGACCCUUCCCCAGGGUUCUCCUCCCUGUGACCCAGCAGCCUGACGCCUCAUCUCCGCUGCGCUUGCUUACGAAUAAAGAACUCUCGAGUCGUGUGUGCACACACACCCAAACACACGCGCACGCGCACACACACGUGCACACACACAUGCGCUUUUUCUCUUCCCCUCCUUCGCUUUCUAAAGCCUGGGGGAAGUCGGUGACAGAGGUGUUUCAGUUUACAUUGUUGCGUGGGUUUUUUCAUUUUUUUUUUUUUUAAGACAUUGAAAAGCAAUUAAUGAUCAGAUCUAGGAAAAAAAACAAAACCCUGAAUAGAAACAAAACUUUACAAUGCUGGAUUCAAAAAAAAAAAAUUAUCUGGACAGCUUCUCUGAGACUAUUUAAAAACUGGUUCAACAGGUCUCUGCAACGUCAAGAUCUAACUAAGCUUUAAAAGGUCAAGAAGUUUUAUGGCUGACAAAGGAUUUGCUGCAGCACAGGCCAUCUUUCCCACCUUAAGCCUCUGGGAAAAUGGGGAUUUCACCCCCAUUCUCUUCUGUUUGUCUCGAUUGCAUCUGUCUGCGAGCAAGGGCUGGAGGAUAGCUGGAAGUAUGGCCACUCUGCUCCACGAUGCGGUAAUGAAUCCAGCAGAAGUGGUGAAGCAGCGCCUACAGAUGUACGACUCGCCGCACCGGUCCGCCCUCCGCUGCGUCUGGACAGUUUGGAGGACCGAGGGCUUGGGGGCCUUCUACCGGAGCUACACCACGCAGCUGACCAUGAACAUUCCUUUCCAGUCCAUCCACUUUAUCACCUACGAGUUCCUGCAGGAGCAGGUCAACCCCCACCGGGGCUACAACCCACAGUCCCACAUCAUCUCGGGCGGGCUGGCCGGGGCCCUGGCCGCCGCCGCCACCACACCCCUGGACGUCUGUAAGACCCUCCUCAACACUCAGGAGAACAUGGCUCUCAACCUGGCCAACAUCAGCGGCCGGCUGUCGGGCAUGGCCAAUGCCUUCAGGAUGGUGUACCAGCUCAAUGGCCUUCCCGGCUACUUCAAAGGCAUGCAGGCCCGCAUCAUCUACCAGAUGCCCUCCACUGCCAUUUCCUGGUCCGUCUACGAGUUCUUCAAGUACUUUCUCACCAAGCACAAGCUGGAGAGUCGAACUCCGUACUAAAGGAACAGGCGUGGGCAGUGAUUCCAGAAUCUCUUAUUUGUCAAAGGCUUUGCCUGCCUGCUUCCAUUCCCUUGUCCUCACACCAAGGUCAUUUUGGGUGUUGGCAGGGUGGGCCCUCUGCUCCCUGACGCCUGAGAGAGCAGGGGGAGUGAGGGGGAGGCGAUGGGACAGCCGCUUACCAGAAGGCCGUCUGCAGGGGCGUCCGAGGUGGUAGGUGGGGAAAGACUUCGGAUGGGGAACAAGGGGUGGCUUUUGCUCUCCCUCCCCUGACAGGAAUGUAGCUUUUCCGCCUCCCUGUAGCCGUUGCCUGCCCUAAGAUCGCAGCUCACACAGGAGGGGAGAAAAAUAUGCAGCGACUGAAAACAUUAAAGAAAAAAAGAGAAUUCUGUAUAUAAAAGUUCUAGUACACAAACAGUACAAACUAGAUGGAUAAUGUUUAUCCUUUAUUUUUCUAUGUAGAAGUUUUUGGGGGGUGUGUGUGUGUGUGUGUGUGUGUGUGCGCGCGCGCGUGUGCACGCGCGUGCAUAUAAAUAAGUGGUACAGCUGGGAAUAUCAAGCUGUUUUUAAAAAAAAAAAAAAAAGGAGGGCUGAUUUCUUCCGUUGGGUUAAGUGAAAAGGCACCAAAGUGAUAAAUUGCUGAAUGUGGCCUAAAAUUGUGUGGAGCCCCCAGAUGGAAGUUUCACUUGAAUGUAAAAUAAUAAAGUUUAUAUUUUGAA